AUGUCUACCUUCACAGAAACUGCAAACGCUUCUAGCAAUGUGGAACAAAUAUUACCUUCAUACUAUUAUUACGUCGAUCCAGAAGUAUCAUACCAACCACAAAUACCCAAUCCAUUAGAUGAUCUCAUAUCCAUAUAUGGUUUAGAUGAUCUUUCAAGACAAGUAGCUAGAUCCAACACAGAAACUGGUAUCAAAGCAGUAAAACUACGGAAAUCAUACAAGAAUCAAAUUUCUGAUCUUUCAGGGAAAUUCACCACUAUACCGACAAGAGAAAAUGGUAAAGGUGGAGAAAUUUCACAUAUUCUUUUCCAAAAUAAUCCCGAUAUGAUGAAUCAAAUUCAUAGAAACACUUCCAAAAAUGAUAAUGAAUGGAUUGAACAUGCACGAAAUAGAGAUAUGGAUUUAUUCCAAUCUACUAAGAAUAUGGAUUGGAAUGUUUGUAAUAAUGUCAUUUCUCAAUUUGAAAAAUCUUACCCAUCUGAAUUUCAACAACAACAAUUUAAUGUGGAUGAUUUAGCAUUUGAUUUGGAUGGAACUGGGAAGAAUAAUGGUAAUAUUCCUGGUAGCGUAGGUAAUAACAAGAAAAGGAAAAAUAAAUCAAAUGGAUCAUCGAUGGCUACACCAAAUAGUGAUGUCCAACAAGAGGAUUUGAAAAGAAGAAGAUUGGAAUGA